AUGAUUCUAUUUGAGAGUUUGAUUGACAAGAGCAAGCUCGAUGGUCAGCCAGAGCUCUUCGUCCACUUCAUCCCCGACAAAAACAACAAUACCUUGACUAUUAUUGAUAGUGGUAUUGGAAUGACCAAAGCUGAAUGUCACAUCCCGGGUCGAUGUGGGAUGUUACAAUCCACCCCUCUUAGGGGCCCGACGUCCUCGUCAGCACACUCGCGCACCACACGGCAGAAUGGCUCUAAUACCAAAUUGUCACAUACUGGGAUCAGCUCCUCCGUAUCACGAUAUUGUCCUUGUUGGGCCCCUCUCUGCCCUCACAGUUUUGUUUCUGGGAACUCACGAGCAACUUCUCAGUAG